AUGCAACAGUUUUUUUUUUUAACCUUGAUACUUCUCAAAAAAGGGGGGGAGGACGAUUACGAAGUUUACGUGCGGUCGAUUAGGACGGACGAGAUAUUCGGAACGAGAGCAGGAUUAAAAGGUGUAAAAAUUGAGAUGUCACCGAAGAAAAACUCGGCAUCGCGACCAUCAAAUAACGGUGGAGGCGGAAAAACAGGGGGAGGAAACGGCAAUGUCAGUCACAGAACUGACAACGAACAGAGCGGGAAUAAUUUAUCGGAGCGCAUUAUCGCCAAUGAAUCCCUCCUUGCAACAGAAAGUGAGAGGCAUGCCACCUCUAAAAGUCUUUAUGGGGAUUGCACUGCACGAAUAUCAGGGAAUCUAUCCUGUAUUCACGAUCGUGUCCGACUGCGAGCAUACGAGUCUGUACUGAGGAGUAUCAAAGGCAAAUCUGUAUUGCACUUGGGGUGCGGAAUGGGGUUGGUUUCCAUGAUUGCAGCGCGAAGCCUCGCCUCCGCUGUUGUUGCAGUGGACCGUUCCGCAAUUGUAGACGCCGCGCAAGUGGUGGCGAAGAAAAAUGGGUUAAACAAUAUUAGUUUCUUCCGGGGUGCUCUUGUGGACGUUGUUCAAAACUUUCCCGUGCGGCAGUUUGACGUCAUCAUCUGUGAAUGGAUGGGACCAUUCUUGAUCAAUGACCCACUGCUAGAAGAGGCUCUUUAUGCCCGUAAUAAUUUACUCGCGAGCAACGGUGUUAUGUGUCCUGACAGUUCAUCCAUUCACGUUGUCGGCGUCAGUGAUUAUUGUUUUCACAUGGAUACCGUGGAAUUCUGGGGUAACGUAUAUGGUUUCAAGAUGGAACCGAUGAAAGCACUUGUGCAACGGGAGGUGGAGAUGUGUCGUGUCCCCACCUCUAGUAUCGUUACCACUACGUGUCUUGCCCACACAGUCAAUAUCGCAUCGAUUAACAAUUUGGAUGAUAAAUCGAGUUUGAACGAUUUUGUGGUGCCCUUCAGCGUGCGAGCAACCAAAGACACGACGGUUAACUUUCUCACAUUUUACAUAGACGCCCGUUUCACCAACCCUCACGAUCCCGGUGCUAAUUUUGUGUUGGGCGUCCGUCCAGGUGGCACCAAUCCGUGGACGGAAACGAGUGUUGCUCUUCAUGAACCCCUUCCACUGAAGGGUGGCGAAGUGUUGAGCGGUGAGUUGAAGGUGUGUUUGUUGAACCCAACUCGGGGAAUUACAACCGUAGAGGUGACCGCACGCACGUCUGGUAAUGUUGUAAACAUUGAGACAAAAGGCACGUACAACUACCAAAGGUAUUGA